AUGUCGCCUGCCCCAGUCCAAGUCAAUUCGUCCUCCAAGCUCCCGUCUCCCGGAUUCAAUGCCGGCGCCCGGCCUUACCGCUCCCACAAGGUCCGCGCCUGUGACUUGUGUCGCAAGCGCAAGUCUCGGUGUACAGUUGAUAUCCCUGGUCAAUCCUGUCUUCUAUGUCGCGUACAAGGUGCCGACUGUCACUACCAAGAGGAGGCCAACGCGGAUGCUUCGAUCUUGAGCGCCCCAGACUCAAAAUCAUGGCCGGGGGCUCCAACGAUUGAGGCCGUGCCGGGGCAGAAGCGUAAGCGCAGUCCCGAUGGACUCGCCCACAUGGGCCAGAGUAUCCCGCCCCGGCAGCCGAUGAAUGGUCCCAGCCCCCAUGGAACGACUUCGUCGGGUGGCCGUCGAGGAAGUGAUCCGCGGCGGAAAGAUAUGGACGACCCCCAGAAUGAGUCAGUUCUCAUUGUUGGGCCUAUGGUCGCUGAAGAUGCUCAAGUCAUUGAAAAGCACAUGCCCCCAGAGCGGUUGAGUCAAUCGGAAGAGCCCAAUAGUCACCCGUACAACAUCUACUCCAGUGACCCGCGGAAACCAGUCCUUUACACCACAAUCUCUCGGCGAAGGAAAGGUAUGCGGAAAGGAACGCCUCCUGGUGAGAACCAGAAGGAGGUCCUCGAACAAAUACUCGGGCCGUUCAAACAUGACCUAGUGAGACUGUUCAUCGAUCGUUUUAACGUUUCUUUUCCGAUAUUUGACGGGGAAUCGUUCUGGGAAUCAUACAUUGCCGAGGACCUGCACGACCCACCAGCCGCACUAGUGUGUCAAGUCUAUUCCAUGUCCCUCGUAUAUUGGAAGCACACACAUAAGCUUGCGUGUCAUCCGAAGCCCGAUGUUCGAUAUGCGAUCAACAUGACCGUCGCCGCGUUGCAUGAGGAAUUCUCAGCCCCUGGGUUGGACACAAUCAGCGCCGCGCUUAUCGAUUUGACUGGACGACCCAUUUUCUCCAUGACUGGCAACGCCGUCAGCUGUGGCCGCAUGUUAUCUUUGGCAAAUUGUCUUGGUCUGAACCGUGAUCCUAGCAAUUGGAAGCUCUCACAAGCAGAGAAGAACCAGCGGAUUCGUCUGUGGUGGGGAGUUGUGAUUCACGAUCGUUGGGGAAGUUUUGGUCAUGGUGUCCCACCUCAGAUUUCGAAAAAUCAAUAUGACGUGCCUCUACCCACAGUGGACGUAUUAGUCCCAUCAAACCUUCGCACUACAGAACGUGUGAGAGCAGCACACUGCCACAUCUACCUAUGCCGAUUGACAGAGACUUUGGGCGAGCUCUUACCACUGGUAUACGGGUUGCAACACAAGCCCGCACGCGAGACUUCCAAGAAACUCAGACAGAUACGAACAGAUCUAGAUAUAUGGGAAGACUCCUUACCAGACUGGUUGAGAGGACCCACAAUCCACUCCGGAGAACGAAUCUACGGAGCAAGCAGCUUGCAGCUGGCUUUCUUAGCUGUCAAAAUGCUUGUCAGCCGAGUUGAACUAAAUGAAGUCAACAACUCCGAAACUGAAAACACCGAAGCACGUCGCUAUUUCCAAACGGAAUGCAGAAGGUCAGCAGAAGAGAUUGUUGCAUUCAUGACGUCUUUGCGGAAGGAUAAUUUCACAGAGUUCUGGCUACCCUAUAGCGCCUUUCAUCUGACGUCAACGGCAACAUUGCUCGUUCGUUGCGCAUUCGAGACCACUGACAGCGACGUUGCACGAUCCUGCCUUUCCAACGUUGAAACCCUGCGCUCGGUCUUGCGUCGUGUGCGGGAAGAAGAAGACUGGGAUGUAGCAGACAUGUGUCUGGACCACUGCGAACGCAUCAUGCACCGCCUGCCCGGAACCGGUGCCACAAUGGACCAGGCAUUCACAACAACCACAAUGGCAGACAGUGGGCUGGUCAACCCGGCCGCGAUAUCACUGCCCGAGACUCAAACAAAUAACGACAUCGUCGACGAUAUGAUGUCAAUAUCUAAUACUUUCGGAACGAUGGACGGUUUCCCCUUUGACAUGACAGGAAUAUGGGAUGUGUCCGUCUUCCAAGAUGUGAACCUGACAUGA